AAAAAAAAAAAAAGGUCUGAUCCCUGAAUGCUCGGGGAGACUGAUUUGAGUAAUAAUAAAAGUUCGGGAAGAAGAAGACGCGAGAACGACCCCGGGACCGACCAAAGCCCGCGCGCCGCCGCAUCCCGCGUCCAGCACCUACAUCCCGCCACCGUCACCGCCACCACCACGCCCAAGAGAAAGGCUGAAGCGGAUGCUAAAGGAGAUAAAGCCAAGGUGAAGGACGAACCACAGAGAAGGUCGGCAAGGUUGUCUGCUAAACCUGCUCCUCCAAAGCCAGAGCCCAAGCCUAAAAAGGCCCCUGCAAAGAAGGCAGAGAAGGUACCCAAAGGGAAAAAGGGAAAAGCUGAUGCUGGUAAGGAGGGGAAUAGCCCUGCAGAAAGUGGAGAUGCCAAAACAGACCAGGCCCAGAAAGCUGAAGGUGCUGGAGAGGCCAAGUGAAGUGUGCGCAUUUUUGAUAACUGUGUACUUCCAGUGACUGUACAGUUUGAAAUACCAUUUUUUAAUCAAGUUUUAUAAAAAUGCAGAAUUUUGUUUUACUUUUUUUUUUCUUUUAAAGCUAUGUUGUUAGCACACAGAACACUUCAUUGUUUGUUGGGGGAGGGGCAUAUGUCACUAAUAGAAUGUCUCCAAAGCUGGAUUGAUGUGGAGAAAGCACCUUUCCCUUCUAGUCUUGAGAGACUUCCUCUUGGCUCCCAGGAGGAGGGAUUCCCUGACUUUGACACACAUGGCCACCUUGGCACAAAAGCCUUGUGGUGUGGAAAAACAAAUUUGUUUUUAUGUCCUCUUCUCCCUUUCCAUCUUUCAGCAUAGACUUAACUCCUUUAAGCCCAGGCAUCUGUUGGGACCUGACCCCCAGUCAUUGGUUACCAGUGUGUCAGGCAAUCUGGGCUUUCCAGUGAUGCCACUGACAUGGCACCUGUCAAAAGAGCAGUGGUUCCAUUUCUAGAUUGUGGAUCUUCACAUAAAUUCUGCCAUUUUCAUUUCACUUCCUGAAAGUCAGGGUCGGCUUGUGAAAAGUUGUUAAACAACAUGCUAAAUGUGAAAUGUCAACCCUCACUCUAAACGCUCCCUGUUUAGAGCAUCAGAUGAAGACUUCAUUGGGUUUUAUAGUGGCUUUCUGAUUUUUGGUAGUCCAUUGAAGAAGGGAGUUUGAAAGUUGUUGUAUACUGUUAACAAUUGUCUGCCCAUGUCCUGCCUGAAAUACCAUGAUUGUUUAUGGAAAGUAUCUUUAAUAAAACUGGAUACAGUUUGGCUUGGAAAAAAAUAAAAAAUAAAA